UCUCCAACAUGUUCGCUCACAUCGUGUGAAGAAAAGUGCGGUUUUUAUUAAGUCAAAAUGGUAUGGGUCGUCAAGUCUUGGAACCCAACUGCUGAAAGUCAAGUUGAUGCAUCAGGUAAAAUAUACAGGAAACCAACAGACGAAUCCGUCAUCACGAGAAACAGAGGCAGAUCUUAUGAAGUGUCACAGUAUGUGUUCAUUGUCACGAGGGGUGUCCAGUUUAACGUGACAGCUUUCCUGAACAGAAACAAUAACGGUAAGUCCAAGGAAGCUGAUCGUGAUGUCGAAACUGCCGCGACCCUCGCUGGAUCCAAGUCCUACCAAGUGUUGCCCCAAACUCUGGGAGCCACAAGACAGACGCCACGGUAUAGCUAUCUGAACAGACGCCACCCUGAAGCCCACAGAACACGCAGUGAAAGGGAAACACGGCUCCCAGUCCAACACCAUAGACUGUGUGUCGGCAUAGAGACUAAAGCAACAGCUGCGGUUCAAAGUAUAUCAGGACCCAACCAAGACAGGAGGGCAGCUGCUGAAGUUUUUUCACCAAGACGUCAAACAUCCCAUGGUUAUGGAAAGCUGUCUUUACAUGAGGACAUCGAUGUGUUUGAAGCUGGGAACCGGGAAGACCAGGCGACAUCUGAUGUUUCUGUUCAAACAGAUCACCAGUGCGGCCCGCCAUGUUUCAGCGAACUGUUCCAAGAAGUAUCUCUAUUCAAGUCUGUCUCGGAGGUUCCCGAGUCUGUGAAGAAAGAUCUGCUCCGGCUCUUGUGCGCGCCGCUACUCGAUGGCGGCUACCAGAGAGGUGGGUGUGCAUGGUCCAGUCUGCUGUCGGAUCCGGCUGGAAGAAGCCACCCCAGACCCUGCCUUGCUGGAUUGCAGGAACCGUUUCACAGUGCAGUGACGGACAUUUCGGGGUCUUACGGGUAUCUCGAAGGAGACACACCUGAGCCAAGUUACGAAAAUACCCAGGUCGAUGACCUUUGCUAUAGAGGGAGUCACAGGGCAAAAAGGGAAAGCAGUUCAUCGGAAGGUUUUCAGAAACAUGUUCUUAGUUAUUAUGACUUCACGAGUGACCUUUGUUUGACAGAAAACGGUCCUCCUGAGAGGGCUGAGUCUUCACAUUCCUUACUGCACAAUGACUUCAGCCACGAGGAUGACAUCCUGGACAUCCCUACCUUAAGCAUCCUGUCUCCACCGCAUGCCUCUCUCGGACAAGCCUUCAACAAGGAUCAUGACAUCAGCUCUCUGUCCACCCUUGACCACGAUGAGGACAAGCUAGCCAGCCAUGAACCCUUUCCUUCUGAGUACGUCUUCAAGAGGGUGUGUGGACCUUCCUUCAGCAUGUCUUCAGAGUUCUGGCACAUCAAGAUUCCAAUCCUUCCUUCACACAUGGUCGACUACAAAGUUGAGCCAGAUGGCCUCACUGAAAUAGUCAUCGGCUCUGGGUCUUUCGGGGAGGUGUAUGCAGCAACACUAACGGUGUCCCCUGGCCAGAGUAGAGAUGUGGUGGUUAAACAACACUUUACAGACAGGACAACACAGGCGUCCAUCACUAAUGAGGCAAAGAUCACCAUGUACCUUGAGUCCACAGGCUGUGUCCCCAUCUGUUAUGGACUAUUGAGUGACGAGGAGGAUGGUUACAAAAUCGUGAUGGAGUAUGUUGGUUCUGGACAAACGCUCCGUGAUGUUAUUUGCGAGUCAGAUGUACCAAGAUUACACUGGCUGAAUAUUGCGUGCCAGCUAGCCAGUGGACUGAAAAAAAUCCACAAGAAAGACGUUCUCAUUAAUGACAUCAAGUCAGACAAUAUCCUAGUGGACAUGUCUGGAGAACUGCCCUCGGUCAAGUUCUGUGACAUGGGAACAGCAUCAUACAAAUCAGGGGUAACAUACAGAGGAGACAUGAAGAAUGGUUUCCAUCUCGCUCCAGAGACACGAGCUCAUGCUAAGACAACCCCCGAAUGUGACGUAUACAGUCUUGGAAGAGUCCUGAAGAAGAUACAUUGCGUCUCCCACAUCUCAGGCUUGUUGUCACUUUCUGAUAUGUGUAUGGCUGAGGAUCCCGCUGUCCGCCCCACUCUCUGGACUGUAAACCAGCGGCUGCAGGAGGAGAACAUAAAUGAGGCCCUGUUCCCCACGCUAACUGUGCCAUCACAUGGCUACCUGGACUCCAUUCAUGAGGAACCAGAGGAAGAAUCGGCCGGAUCUGUACUUAAAGUUAACACACCCAUUGACAAAGAUCCACCUACAGCUGUGUUACGUGAUAAUAAACCUAGAAGAAGCAAUAGGAUCAUCGGGUCUAGCCAAGUUUCACCAUCAAAUAUGAAAUUGUCUGGCAGAUCGAGCGAUGAGUUGCUCGGAGCACCAGUUGUUCUGCACACAGGAAGCCAACGAAAAAUUGCAUCCGUUUCUAGAAGUCCUAAGUUCAGAGUUCAAACAAAAGCACUAGGAUCCAAAGACAUUUCAGAUCCUACUCGUGGACACAUCCAAGGCACGCACGACACAGCCGCUAGCAAGAACUCUCCUGCGUGUCGGGACCAGGUGUUAGAGACAGAAAGUCAAGGUGAAGAUGAUAGGUGUAUCUCGACUGAGGUUGCUGAGACGACGUCUGAUGCAUCAAAGAAGUCUUUUGCUGAAGGAAGUUCUGUGAGCUACUUUGCUACUCCUGAGAGUUCCAUCUCUACCAAAGUUGCUGAGAAGACUUCAGCUAUUGCAACAAGGAAGAAUGUUGCUGGACCAAGUUCUGUGAGCUACUUUGCUACUCCUGAGAGUUCCAUCUCUACCAAAGUUGCUGAGAAGACCUAUGAUGUUGCAACAAAGAGGAAUGUUGCUGGACCAAGUUCUGUGUGCCACUUUGCUACUCCUGAGAGUUCCAUCUCUACCAAAGUUGCUGAUAAGACUUCAGCUAUUGCAACAAGGAAGGAUGUUGCUGGACCAAGCUCUGUGUGCCACACUGCUACUCCUGUUAGCUCAAUCACCAUUGAGGCUGCUGAGAAGACCUGUGAUGUUGCAACAAGGAGGCAUAUUGCUGGACAAGGUUCCAUGUGCCUCUUUGCUACUCCUGAGGCCUCAUCUACAGAAGUUACUCAGAGAUCCCAAACACCAACAGAAGCUCGAGCUCCCCACGUAGCCGCCAUCCACUGUCACUGCGAAGCAGAGCUGGAGGUGUACAAGCAAAGUGGGGACACACCAGCGUAUGAGGAUUAUCUGCCCCUGAUUUUGCCCAUAGUAAUGCUUCUCUUUGGGGUGUUUGGGGUUGUGUAGGUUAAAGAGGGGAGUGAUGAACAUCUAUUUCGGAGAAUAAUCAGUCUGUUUUACUUGUGUUUGAACAUUUAUGGUGUUCUUGUUUUGCACAGCUCAGGCGCCAGUCAAACUUCCCAUUGUACAUUCACUGAACAAGUUGUUCAGCACAGCUCGGGCGCCAGUCAAACUUCCCAUUGUACAUUCACUGAACAAGUUGUUCAGCACAGCUCGGGCGCCAAUCAAACUUCCCAUUGUACAUUCACUGAACAAGUUGUUCAGCACAGCUCGGGCGCCAGUCAAACUUCCCAUUGUACAUUCACUGAACAAGUUGUUCAGCACAGCUCGGUCGCCAGUCAAACUUCCCAUUGUACAUUCACUGAACAAGUUGUUCAGCACAGCUCGGGCGCCAGUGAAACUUCCCAUUAUAAUUCACUGUAUUAGUAUAACAAUGUUCUCAGAGUGAAUGUGUUUAGUCCUAUGAGUGAAUGUGUCUGCACAGUACAUGUGAAUGUGUUUGUGCACUAAUAUAACGGAUAUUUUUGCAAAGUGAUAUGACUGAAUGUGUUUGAGAAAUGCUUAAUUAAUGCACAUUGAUAAUUAUUUGCAUGUGUUAAAUUGGACAUUGUGGAUAUAUGGACCACAGAGCUUUGAGUUGUGCAGUCAAGGACAAUGAAAACCUGUUUAUCAUUCACAUUGUGUGCGUGCGGGCAUGCGUGCGUGUGUGCGUGUGUGUUUGUGCACCAGUUUAGAACAUGUAGCCCCAAAGUAAAUAAAUUUACAUCUUCUAUGCAAAAGCAGGCUGUGAUUCCAACAUACAGGAUAUUCUAUGUAAUGUGACCUUGGCUUUUAGUGCAUAAAUAAAAUAAUGAUAAAAUAUUUUUUCAUGUAUAUGAGUUAGUGAAAAAUGUCAGCAUGUGGCAAUGGCAGCGUGAAAGUAGUGUACACUUAUAUGUAUUGUAAAGACUCUUUGUGUAUUGAUUGGACAAGGUCCAUGUAUAAUCCAUGGGAAUGUUUCCUUUGUCAAAAGUCGAUGUUUGUGAAAUAUCACAUUCCCUUCCCCAUCAUUAUUCUCCCACUUUGUCAGCUGCCAUACCUAUACCACAAUAAUCCACCAAUAAGGAUGGAGCUUUCCUUUAUAAGAAUGUUGUUCCAGGUUAUACAAUCAUGUUAAAUGCAAUCUUUGAAUAAUUAUUGAUAUUUGUUAGUUGAAUAAUUUCAGCUGGAACACUAUCCACUGGAUUAAAAGUGUUACCAUGGGUUAAAAUGUUGUAUUUAAAACACAGAAAUAUUAGAAUGCAAGAUAUGUUUGUAAACAGUAACUCAAAAUGCAAUGGAAAGUCAUAUAUAUUUAGACAGUAUGUAAAAUAUAGCUUUAUUAUUCAAGACAUGUUUGUACAUAGCCACACCUGUGUAAAACACAUUAGUUACUUGAAGUCUUCUAUUGUUUAUGAUGUGAUGUAUGUAACAGCAAUAUUAUACAACUAGAACAAGUAUUUUUCAUGUAUUGAAUAAAUGAACAUUUACAAUUAAUUUAGUUUGGUGUUAUUGUGAAGCAAAUUCAUUGCAUGGUCCAGUCCUCUUAGGUGCCGCAAUUCGCUGUGCAGAGUUGCGUCUCUUGGGCACGCCAGAAACCUAUGAUUGUGGGUUCAAAUCCCUCUUUGCCCCAAUUAUGUUUCUAGGUUUGUCAGCACCAUACCCGUGCUCGUGGGUUUCACCGAAGUGGUUGAGACAGAGACAUGCAUCAAUUCAG